UUGGCUGUUCCUGCUCUCGUUCAACUGCAAAGGUAUAAAAUUAGCUGUUUUUUCAUCUCCAGCAAACUUUUUCGGUUUGAUUUACGCGAUGGACAAUACGAACGGCUGCUGAGGAAGAACUUUCGAAACAGCGACUAUUUGUCACAGCUGGGUUUAGGAAUACUGGAAUAUCGAACAAAAAGGAAGCCAUCCUCGCUGGAGUCUCAGAGUGCAACAGGUAAACAGUGUACCGACAUGUCAAGCAGCAGCAGUAACAACUGCCCGAAGAGGCGAAGUCCCCUGGCCAACGUGUCCAACCAAUCGCAGAGCAACUGCAGCUACUUGGCCACUAAUCAGCCGACGCAUAACUUGGCACAGAAUGCAAACAGCGAUGUCAACCUGCGAAAGUACAUUACCUUAUUGAACGAUGAAAAGUUCUUUCUCUAUCGAAAACGAACGAUCAAACAGCUUCCAGGGGAGGAUUAUUUUAACCGCCUCUCGGAUGAAAUGAUUCUACAGGUCUUUCGCUGGUUACCGAAGAAAACCUUGAUUCGAUGCAGUGAGGUUUCCAAGCGUUUCAAUCGUGUUGCCCAAGAUGAAACACUCUGGACCCGAUUGGAUCUUUCCUGUCGAUCCCUCCGGGAAGGUGCCAUCGGAAGGGUAAUUUCCCGAGGAACCGUUAUCUUACGAUUGGCGCAAGCACACGUUUCAUUUCCAGUGUUUUCACCCGGUAGCGUAGAACCCAACUUCAUGACCAAGUUGCAGUUCCUGGAUCUAAGUAUGUGUUCGAUUGAUUCCGAAACCCUACAGCAACUGCUCUCUCACUGUCGAUCAUUGCGAAAGCUUAGCUUGGAAAACGUUCCUCUCGGUGCCGGUUGUUGCGGCGAGAUAGCCGAAAACGAGAAUCUUGAAGCGCUCAAUCUUACCAUGUGCGAAGGAUUGGACUAUCAGAAUGUUUCGGUAUUACUGAAGAAGCUGACAAAGCUGCACAGUUUAAACAUUUCGUGGACUUGUUUGAAUCGGCCCUCAGUGGAAGCUUUAGUUCUCUAUGUUACGCCGACUCUGCUGCGGCUUAAUAUUGCCGGAUGUCGGCAAACAAUGACUGAUACAGCAUUAGACAAACUAGUAAACCGUUGUCCGGAUCUGCUAGAGCUGGAUCUGUCGGACUGUACGCAGCUCACCUCCGAAACCAUUACUGUGGUUUGUAGGCUGAAGAAGCUAGAAUACCUUUCGCUAUCGCGCUGCUAUAAUAUUAAUGUCACCUCUUAUUUGUCGCUAACCGAACUACACUCUUUGCUGUUUCUCGACGUGUUUGGGCUACUCUCGGAACAAGCCAUAGCGAUGCUGCAGACAUCGUUUGUCGGCGUUGGGAUCAAUAAGUUCAUGCACAGUUCCGUUGCUCGACCAACCGUGGGUACACGUCGGACAUCGAUUUGGGGAUUGCGGACACGAGAUUAAAAAUACUACAACUUUCGCUUCCAUUGAAAAUGGUAUAACGAGACAGAGAGAGUACAGAGAUAAUUGCCAUUUUGUUUGUACAUUGAGUUUAUUCAAAUGCUUUAUUUAAUCUCACGUUUCAAACCAAUACACAUCUACGAGUA